AUGCGACCCCAGAAGCUACGAAAUGGCACCUUCAUCGUCCCAGGCACCGGCGAACGCAGCCGCCGUCAAUUCUCCCUCCGCGGAUCGAGCAUCGAGAUACCCCAACCCGAAGUGGACGGAUACCGGUCCCUGCUGACCGCCGAGACCACGGGCGAGUCCAUCGAUGUGCUCAAGCAUAACAUCAAGACAACUGCACUGCACUUCUGGGACUGGCUCCUGUCCCCGGCAGGGAAGGGCGUGCUGAAAUGCACCGUGGCAUACCUGCUGGGAAGCAUGGCGACAUUCCUCUCGCCCAUCUCGACCUUUCUGGGCAAGCCCGACGGAAAGCACGUUGUCGCGACUUUGACGGUCUAUUUCCACGCCAGUCGCACGUGGGGCUCCAUGGUCGAGGCCGUUGCCAUCGCCACUAUUGCCGUUCUGUACGCCGAACUAGUAUCUGUGCUUGCCAUGGCCUUUUCCGUCGUUGUCGGAGGGCAGCUUGGCCUCAUACCACUAUCGCAUGUCCUCAUCCUGACGUUCUGCAUUGGCGGCGGCAUGGGUUUUAUCGGAUGGGUGAAGCAGAGGCUGAACAAUCCUCUGGUGAACGUGGGCUGCACCCUUUCCUCGAUCGCCAUCAUAGCUGUCGUUACUAGAGAGGAGGCCAUUCAUGAAGGCCACUUUUCCGAGGCUAAGAUUGUGCAAGUCCUCAAGAUGUUAGUCAUGGGUAUCACGAUCACGGCGGCAGUCAACCUCUUGAUCUGGAGGGUAUCGGCAAGAGCGCUUCUGCGCGCCUCCAUGAACUCUGCUGCCGUUUCACUCGCGGACAUGCUCUCCAUGAUCACCCGCGGGUUUUUGAACGGCUCCGAAAACGAGAUCAUGUCGGGGAUUUCUCCCAGGUCGUGA